AAUCUCUCCACUCUAGAUACCUUCCAACUUACCCUCAUCAUUUCUCUUGCAGCAUGGCACAAACAUACUACUAUCGUCCUUAUUCCGUGAAAUGGCUUUUUAUCAUUAUCGGAGUCCUCUCUGUUGUAUAUCUGGCCCUCUGCCUGACCGAGGGAGUCAGUCAUCCGGCGACUUUAGCCACGAUUAUCGCCAUGUUUGCCAUCAUACUAGCGGCCAUUGUAGUCGACCCAGAGACAACAUAUGUCACGAGCCGGGUGUUGGACGAUGGGCAAGUGGUGCGAGUACGGCGACCUCUGGUUGGAUUCAAGUCGCAGGAGACGUUGGUUGGGCUAACAGGGGGCUAUGAGGUUCGGGUUGAUGGGUGGCGGUACGAAGAAGCCUUGAUCCGAAUCUAAGAGUUUGGGGGGCGAAGCUUCACAGAGCUCGGCGAUACUUGGCGAUGAAGAAACUUGAACAUGAAA